GGGAUGACGUCGGUCCUGACGUAACAAAGCCGCCAAGCGAGGGGGAAAUGGUCGGCAUGGAGUGGAGUACGGCGGUGACGGGGGAUACGGGACCUGACAAAUUGGACAUGUCUUUGGAUGAUAUAAUUAAACUGAAUAAAAAGCAGCGUAAUGUGAAGAAAUCUGUACCACGUAAAGGAAAACAGAUAUUAAAUCGCUCUUCCUAUUCAACAAUGCAGCUGAAACGGUCAAACAAUUGGCGUGGAAUCCCACAACGAUCCGGGAGAGCUGUGAGCAGACAGAUCCCUGUUGGUAGAAGGAAAGUUUCUGGACCCCGGAGAAGGCGAUUUCAGGGUUUGAUAACUGGUCUGGCAACAAGAAAGGCUUUGAUGCUACAGAAAUCGAUCAGUACACAAAGCAGGUUAUCCUUGAGUCAUAAGGCUGGACGGAGAACGCCACUUCUGAAAACUACAUCAGUAUUUGGGCAGAAUGAAGGACAGCAAAGAUUUAUGUCAUCAUUGAAGCAUUCAUUGCAGCUAAAGAGGAAUUCCAUUCAGAUGAAUUUUCCCAGGAUUCCUGUGCAGGCACAGCAAAAUAAAGAAGCACGGCAAGCAACUUUUCUUUUCAAAAGAGGCCUAAAGGUGCACAUGCAAACUGAACAAGGGAUGAAAGGAAGAUCAAUUAAGAGACAAAUGCGACAGUGGUCAACCAAUUCUGAUACUGUGACAGUUGACCAAAGUCGCAUUCCUAGUACCAGCAGGGGUGUUUUGACUGUGUCCAUUCAGAACCCAUCUGCCAAAAAUACUGAUUCCCAGCAGUUCCGAGUCAGACACCCCUCUUUGAUUCCAUUUGCAAUAAAAAAGGAUCCGACUGAAAAGAAAGAACCACCAAAAGGAGUGCAACUGGAAUUUGAUAUCAACAGUGUUGGAAAACAGACUGGUAUCACCUUAAAUGAGCGAUUUGCGAUUUUGAAGGAACGGCGAAUAGCAGUGGCAUCAAGCAAAGGAGAACGAUUUGUGACUGUGGGAUAAAUGAGAUAACUGGCAUUUGAUCUGGCAGAACUCUUGGGAGCUUGUUCCCAUGCACUCUGAAGUGAUUUAAUGUCAAAAACAGACAUUAUGCAGAUGGAUCUUGUUGACUGUACUUUGAAGCCAAUUUUACAAUGACAUAAGAAGAAAUGAUAUUUGGAUUACUUGUUUAAACUUUGUUUUUGUCUGAGGAACAGUAGAUGAAGAUGGAAUUGAACAAUAUUUGAAUUAUCACAUUGCAAAUAUGAAAUUUUGUUACUUUCAAGAAACACUUCAUUAGCUAAAAAUGUAAAUUCAGUACACUUUCCCCAGAAUUUAGUAUUUUUGGAAACUUGUUGAAACCUUGACUAAUUUUUUUUUAACAUUAAAGUUUAGCAAUUUAACCGUUUUCCAAAGUAAUUGUUUAUUGAAUAGCUUUUCUGUUCAAAGUAAAUUUUAUUAUUGAAGUACAUGUCACCAUAUACAACCCUGAGAAUAAUUUUCUUGUGGGCAUACUCAGCAAAUCUAUACAGUAACUCUAACAGGAUCAAUGAAAGAUCAACCAGAAUGCAGAAGACAACAAAAUGUGCAAAUGCAAAUAUAAAUAAAUAGCAAUAAAUAACAACAUGAGAUAAAGAGUCCUUAAAUGAGAUAAUUGGUUGUAGGAAUAUUUCAAUGAUAGGACAAGUGAGUGUAGUUAUCCCCUUUUGUUCAAGAGCUUGAUGGUUGAAGGGUAGUAAUUGUUCUUGUACCUGGUGGUGUGAGUCUUCUAAAAGUGGCUGCACAUACUUGUUUAAGUUAAAUGUUCUCUCAUUUACAGCUGGAGAUAACAUAAGCAUCAUACAAUUUAAGGAUGGAUGCUCAACACAAGUUUGAUCAUCAUUAUAACAUUAUUGGUUGUUUGAAUAUUUGCACAUUGUUUCAUUAAUCUUAUGUACAAGUGUCCCCUGCUUUCUGAAUGUUCGCUUUAUGACGUUUCACUUUUAUGAAAGACCUACAUUAGUACCUGUUUUUGCUAACCGAAAGAGGAUUUUUGCUUUUACGAGAAAAGAUGCCCGUUUUAAACUUGUGUUUACUCUGAGAAAGACUACCAUGACCAUGAAGCCUUGUGCGGGCAAGUGUGUGCGCAUGCAUGUACGUGCGCACGCAUAUACAUGCUGAUUUUUUUUCUACUAAUCGGUUUUGGCUCAAUCUUCCCGAUUCUGGUAAGUGAAACUAUACUGUACAUACAUUAUAUUUUAUAUAGGCUGUGUAUUUAUCCUAUCAUUCUUGCUUUUAAUGUAUGUUAGUGUUAUUUUAGGUUUUAUUUGGUAUGAUUUUGUAGGUUAUUUUUUUGGGUCUGGGAACGCUCUACCUUCGGAUAGUGGGGGAAACCUGUACAUUGAAACAGUGAAAUAUAAUUUGCAUUAACAGCCAAUGCAAUCUAACUAUGUCAUGGGGGCAACCCGCAGUUGUUACCACACAUACCUGUGCCAACUUAUCAUGCUAAAGAUGUUCAGCAGAACAACAUGGAACACACAAGCAAUAAAAACAACAGUAAGACAAACCCCAUUCCUCCCACCUGCACACGCACUUCCCCAACCCCAAGACAGGCUAUCUUCAACUUCUAGCGACCCCAUGGAUUCAGACAUUGGGCUUCGACUUCCCUAAUGGACUCUCAGGUCAAGGCUUUGAGACUUCCAAUUGAUCUUUGGACUUUGAUCUUUGGUGUUGACCCAAGCAUUCACCAGUGUUGACAAAUGAGGACCCCAAACACUAAGCCUUGAACUCCAGUCUCGCUGAUUCGCAUACCUAGUGUGUCAACUGUCCGCGUGCCUCCUGCCUGUGUGGAGCUCCGAUUCCAGAAUCUGCUACCAAUUCGCUGAUCAGUGGGGAGCCACCAACUCUUGUCCUCACUGGUCUACUAGGCUGAUGUCUAACUAUGGAUAUCCCAUGUUCAUGUCAUUGGUCUUCGAAUCCAGGGUAUUGGACAAGACACUUGCCUGACCUCAAAUUCCCCCGUAUCUCUUCUUGGCUAUUUUGUAUUAGGUCUUCAAGCCAAAUAUGGGAAAUGUUUAGUGAAACUUGUUGAGAUGUCAAUGUCAGAAACAGGCCCUUUGGUCCAUCUAGUCUGUGCUGACCUGGUUUUCUACCUACAGCUGGACCAUAGUCCUCCAUACCCCUCUCAACUAUGUACCUAUCCAAACUUCUAUAAAAUGUUGUAAUUGAACCCAUAUCCACCACUUCAGCUGGCAGCUUGUUCCACACUUGCACCACCCUCUGAAGAAAUUUUCUUUCAUGUUUCCCUUAAAUAUUUCACCUUUCUCCCUAAACUUAUGACCUCUAGUCUCCCCUAACUCAGAGGGGAAAAAGU